AUGAUGCCGUGCGGUGAGACUAAACGUGAGGACGAGAGCGAGUGUCGCGACUUUAACACGUCAAAUGAGGUUUGCGACACGACGCGAGGUGGUUAUAGAGCCCGUCAAAGGGCCUCUGGCUCGAGACAAGCGCGGCUCUGA